AUGUAUGGCAACGCCCUUAUCCUGAUCGCAGUGCUCUUAGCACUGGGCACGUGGAAACUGUUGCGGAUCGGUCGCCGAGACCCCAGACUUCCUCCUGGACCACCCACGGUGCCAAUCCUGGGGAAUGCCCACCAAAUUCCGCUCACAGGAUUAGGAAAGAAGUUCCGCGAAUGGGCCAAAGAAUAUGGAAACAUCUAUUCUUUGAAGGUGUUCGAUUCCAAUAUGAUUGUACUGGCCGACCGUCGGGCUAUAUAUCAGCUGCUAGAUAAGAAAGGCAGUGUUUACUCUGGGAGACCGCACCUUUCGGUGCCGUUAUUUAUGAGCCGGGGCUGCCAUAUGACCUUUGAACAAGCAACUCCUGAAUGGAGGGAGAAGCGUUCUGUCAUUACGAGGAACCUCAAUCCUCAGAACUUGGAUACAAAACAUUUCCGAGUUCAGGAGGCAGAGUCGAUCUUAUUCAUGAACAACCUUCUCCAGCACCCGAGCCGCUCGUUCGACCACGCAAGACUGUAUGCCUCCUCGGUGGCAGCAAUCCUUGUUUGGGGCUUCCGCGCUAAGGAUUUCAACUCUUUUUUCUAUAAGAACUUCUACGACUUUGUGGACCAGUGGCUCGAUGCAAUUGAACCUGGCGCGAACCCCCCUGUAGAACAGUUACCGUGGCUAUGGUAUCUUCCCGGGGCCUGGAAACGGCGAGCCUACCGCGUACGAAGUCUUAUGGAUACCACGUGGUCCCAAGCGCGGCAACAAGUUGACGAACGACGAGCGAGAGGCGAUAUCCGCGACUCGAUGAUGGACCAGAAGCUGUCCGAAUACGAGAAAGGCGGCUGGCCUAUGUCACAGUACUCGUUCAACAACUUGGGCGGUGAGAUGCUCGAAGCUGGAGCAGAUACGACGGCCAAUAUGCUUCUGACCAUUAUCCUCGCGGUGACAAAAUUCCCCGAGGUCCAAAUGAAGGCGAGGAAGGAAUUGGAUGAGGUCUGCGGGACUGAGAGGACGCCUUUAUUCUCUGACUUUGAGCGGCUUCCCUAUAUCAACUGCAUUAUCAAGGAGGCGCUGAGAUGGCGCCCGACUUCCGACUUGGGGAUCCCACACCGACUCGAGAAAGAUGACUGGUACGAGGGUAUGUUCUUCCCUAAGGAUACUACAGUCUGGCUAGGUGCUUGGGCUAUCCAUCAAAACGAUGAUGAAUAUCCGGAUCACGACCGCUUCAAUCCGGAUCGAUUUAAGGCAGGCCGCCGUAUGUGUCCCGGCAUUCAUCUGGCCGAGAGGAGUAUGUGGCGCGUUACAGCUAAGCUCCUCUGGGCCUUUGAAUUCGAGGAACUACCCGGUAGACCAAUUGACGUGAACGCAUAUACUUCGUCGAAUUUGGUGCGUCCCUUGGAGUACGAGGUGAAGGUGACGCCUCGGAGCAAGCAGCAUGAGGAGGUCAUUAAAAGGGAGCUGACAGGCGCUUUGGACUUCUUGAGCCAAUAUGACUGA